AGGACACACUACUUCAAAGUGGCUCCACUGGAAUGUGUAACGAGAGUGAUAGCGUCUGUUUUGUUGUUCUCUGCAUUCCUUAUCAGCCAUAUUUCCACAAUGAAACGCUGGCUCGCUGCGCUGGCUGUCGCUGCACUCCUGGGUCUUUCUCAGGGAGACGUGGGGGAUUUCUCACCCUGCCUGAAUUUCUUUUACCGGUACUGGCCGCCCAGUGGCUUUAACGGCACCCCCAUAUGUCAGAACUACACCAACGGGCACUACUUUGCCACUCUGUACAGCCGCGAGCGCCGCUCUCCCUGGUACUCUGCAUACCUGUACUCGACUCCAGCGGGCAAAAGACCAAAGACUGCCUGGAAAUAUGAACCACAGUUGGCAAAGUCUAACGCCAGCGGUGUGAUGCUCCCCUUCCCCGUGCCCCCUAAGAGAGUGGACGAGAGCGUGGUCAAGAGCCAGGCGGUGCAGCAGGACUAUCUGAACUCCAGCUACACGCGUGGCCAUCUCAACCCCAGCCUGCACCACCAGAACCGCAGCGAUCGCCGCUCCACCUUCACGCUGACCAACGUCGUGCCCCAAAAGAUGGAGUCCAACGACGGCAUGUGGGCCGCGUUGGAGAUGCGCGUCAACGCGACGAUGACCAAGUACUGCGCGGGUCCGGCGUACGUCGUCACUGGCAUCAUCCCUUACCGGACGGACCGCUGGCUGAAGGACGAGCACCGCGUGGCCAUACCGGAGUACCUGUGGUCGGCCUACUGCUGCCCGACGUACAGCCGGGACCUUCCGGAAAGCCUCAGGAGAACGUUCCCCACGUUUGCCGCCAUCGGCCGAAACGACGCCAACAGCACAGAGGAGAUUGUUCCUGUCGACAGGACCAGGAAAAAGUUUGUCGGGUACGACGUGAGGCCGAUGCCCCUGGCAGAUCUUGAGAUCUACCUGAGGGAGAGAUAUGGGAGAAAGAUUGCUAUUUUCAGCAGACAGUGUUUGUGAGUCACAAGUUUGUCUCGGACAUUUGAACUGGAAUGGUGUCAUUAAAAUGGUAUUGGCUCUCUACAGGAUCAGUGUGAACUACUACUGAGUUCUGAGAGUGGUAGACUAGAUUUAAUAAAUGUUGUUACAAGAAAA